AUGCUCAACAAGGAGGCAGGGCAAAUGCGUGUUUCAUAGUGUUAGCUCGAAAUAGUGAUUUAAAUUAUGUUGAGCACUCAAUGAAUCAACUUGAGGACAGGUUUAAUCAUAAAUAUAACUAUCCAUAUGUAUUUUUAAAUGAUGAACCUUUUACGCAAUUAUUUAUAAAUUUCACGAGCGCAAUUGCUAAGGCAAAAGCCAGCUACG